AGCAAUUUAUUGCUAUGCCUUUGGAUGUUGGUGCCCUAUAUGUGGUGAAGCGGCAAUUUGAGGAAGGUGGUAGUCGCUUCCCACAUGUUAUUGGGGUUGUGGAUGGCACACAUGUAGCUAUUGUGCCACCAAGACAUAAUGAAGAAAUUUAUAGAAACAGGAAACUGUUUCAUUCUCUGAAUGUAAUGGUUGUUUGUGGGCCAUCCCUCCAGAUCCUUUCCCUGAAUGCCAAGUUUCCCGGAAACUCGCAUGAUGCUUAUGUCAUUAGACAAUCAGGGAUAUGGCACAGAUUAAGAUCAAGUCAACGAGCAGACAUGUGGUUAUUGGGAGACCGUGGAUAUCCUUGCACCCCCUGGCUCAUGACUCCUUACCGUAAUCCCAGGCCAGGACCACAGACGGCAUUUAACUCCGCGCUUACUGCCACUAGACAGCUGGUGGAGCGCACAAUUGGGGUCCUUAAAGGCCGGUUUCGUGUGCUCCACCGCACUGGUGGCGACAUCAUGUAUUCGCCGGAGAUGGCAAGUAAACUAGUGGUCCUGUGCGCUAUACUACAUAACAUCGCGGUAAGGAGUAGCGUAGAGCUUCCUCAGACAGAGGAAUUGCCUGAUGAGGAGCCAGGGGUUGUCCGUCGCUUCGGUGGGGGGAGUGUUACACGGAGGGGAAGCCAAGUCAGGGCAAGCAUUGUUGAAGAAUAUUUCAGCUGAAUUAUCACACAAACUGUGGACGACCACAACGGCAACCAGAUGCAGGGAGGCAACAUCAGGCCCCUUCUCAGCCCCCCUCCCCUUCUCACUCCCCCUCCCCUUCUCACUCCCCCUCCCCUUCUCAA